UAGCGCGUCUGUUCCGCGCAACAGGUAGUAGCUGGACUCAGGUGUUGUAACACGACACUGAACCAUGUGAUCAGCAAUGAGAAUUUAGGAAGAAGAACAACCCAGCUCGAGCGUUCACUCAACACAACUAGUAAAUACCAAGCGCACAAGACCACCGUUGAAAAAAACAGGACAGGAUCUCGAAGGACAAUGCGUUAUUAUGCGCAGGACGCCGGGGUGUCGAGCUAGUUUCGGUUUAAAUACUUCAUUUCAUCAGUAAGGUGAGGCGGAAGCGACCUGUGGUGGAUAUACUGGACAUUUAGUUUACAUACAGUCGGAAAAUCUUCCAGGAUUGUGAAGGUGAACAUACAGCUUGCAAGAGGCAGAUAGGACUGCUUUUAUUCUUUGAUCCUCGACAUGAUUUAUUGAUCGCUCUGCUCCACCCUACCUGGAGCAUCAGCCCCUUCUGGUUGAGGGUAGAGGUGCAGAUUGAGCCGGUCCCGGAGAUGAUCCAGCAGGUUGGGCUGUUGGCAGGGAGUUUUCUGCUGCUGCUCGUCAGGAAUGUUUCGGCGCAGGGUGAAAAUUCCACAAUGUCCAGCUUUACAACAUCAUCUCCAGAAAGUACAGGACCUAAUAUUGUGGCUAUCGUUGUACCAACUGUGGUGCUGGGACUUCUGGCUAUUUUGACGGCGGUUCUGGUGUUUCUGUUCUGCGUGGUAAAGAAGAAGAGACAGACAGAGGGCACGUAUCGACCCAGCGCAGAGGAGCAGACGGGAGCCAGAAGUGUAGAAGCACCAGACGCCCUCAAACUACCCAAAGAGGAGAGACUAAUAUGAUGCAAUGGUUUAUGUCUAACCCAUAGCACAUGAUAAUUGUGACUUAAUCCCAAAACGGAUAAACAUUAACUAAAGCUCCCUUUCUGAGGGCGCAAUGUCCAAACUUAGCCCUGUUUUGUGGCUGAACAAAGUGAGUGUGACUACUAGAAGAUGAAACUUGAAGGAAUACAUAUCCUCUACACUCAACAUAUUUCAACAAAGCUUUGAUGAUCAUAUUUUUAGGUUAGCUUUUACCAAAUGCACAUUUUAUGCUGCGCUUACUGUUGCUUUACACACAGAAACACUUAUUAUUGUGUAUAGUGUAAUGUUUAAAGGUGGAGUGUGCCGUUUCUGCCCCUAUUGGCACAAGAAGGAAUUGAAAUCUGUUUGUUUUUGCAUCCAGGAGUUUAACAGCAUCUGCUUAACCAUUGAGGAGAGUUUGGGGACUGGACUAUCUGUCUAUCUGACUAAUAAUGGAAGCUGAAACUUUUAAAAUUAUCUUUUUUAAGGCCUUUAUUUUUGCUUUUCUGUUUUCUGGCGCCAGAUAUUGCACACUUCACCUUCAAAUAUAUUCAGUGCUCAGCAUAAAUGAGUACACCCCAUUUUAAAAAUUAAUAUUUUUAUCCACUUCUCAGUGACUAGUGGGUUAUAUAUUGCAUAUAUUAGUGCAUUUCAUCAAAACAGAUUUAUUAAAGAUAUAUUUAUUAAAACCUAAAUAAAAGCCACAGAAUAUCUUUAGAAAUGGAAAGAUGAUACAUUUUAAAUUCAUGCAAAAUAUUGCUAAAAAAAAUAAUAAUCGCAAACUACAUAUCAAAUUUGUAUGUAUUUUUUGUUUUUCUUGAUAUUUGCUAUUUUUUUUUUUUAUAUAUUUUUCCCUAACAUAAAAUUGGGCUACUAAUUUUUGAACCAUUAUUGGAAGUUAUUCUGUUAGAUAAGCUCCGGAUUUGGCUUCAGUACUGACUAAUCUAAUGUAUAUGCACAAAUGUAAAGCAUCCUAUAGAAAAUAUUAAUUUAAAUGAGGAGGUGUACUCAUGUAUGCUGAGCACUGUAUUUAUUUACAGGUGAAGGCAAAAUUAUUAGCAUUCCUGUGAAACUUUUAAUUAUUUUUUAAAAAUAUUUCCCUGUUGCUAGUUAAAUGUAAUUUUAUUUUUAAACAUAAUGGGCCCUAUCAUACACCCGGCACAAAACGCGUUUGCUGUGAUGUGUUGCUAUUUUUAAACCAGUGCAACCCCAAUUUUCCCACUUUGCACCACGUUGUUUAAAUAGCAAAUUGUGGACCCCUUUGUGGACUCAUGGGUGUGCCAGUCUAGAAAAGAGGUGUGUGAAACUAAAGUCCAGUGCUGAGCGCAUUGGUUGUGUGCCUAAACGAUUGUACAUUGCUUAAUACACACAGGAUGUAAAGCAAUAUGCAAAUAUCUUUACAAAUGAAAAAUAAUUUAAAGGAUUAAAAUAUUACAAAAAAAUUUAUUUUUUACAUAAAUAUAAAAGCCUCCAUGUCUUCAUCUCGGGGGGAUAUUUUUAGUUUAUUCAUGGCCACUUGUCUUUGUAUAAUGUUAUUAUUAUUAGCAGUAUUAAUUAUUAUAUGCAUAUUUAUAUUUGUUUUAUUAAAAACAAGCUUAGAUUUGUCCACCUGUCGGGUUUUGGACCAUAUGGGGCAUUGGAUACAACUCAGAUUUUGACAACACUUCUUUAUAAUUGCUCAUUUAUUCAUUUGCUGAAAAUUAGUUUGCUCGUUCGUUUGCUCGAAUUUAGAAAUAAUUUUCAAACAAAUUGCUCACAAACUAAAUUAAAUAUGUAGGCUUACGUUUCCUUAUCCAUGAAAGAGAAAGAGGCCGAAUGGAGGAGGCUCAUUCUUUAUCCUUGCGCCGCAGAUGCUCAGUUUAACUGUUUUCUUGCUAGUGAAGCAUUCAGGUUUUCCACUUACAAAGUCUGUCAUGUAAAUAGCAAAUGCGUCAUGGCGUGACGCAACUGAAUCUUAAAGGAGAUGGGAGAUGAGACUCUGAUUCUUUUAAUGCACGUCAUGCUCAAAACACACCCAUAACUUAUUAAGAGAACAUGCACAACAAACAUGGCACAAUCCAUAUUUUUCUGUCCUUAAAAUAGCAAACGUGGAUUCGGACUAGCCCUUAAUGCUUUUGCGCCCUGCACUUUAGACUUUAAAAUAGAGCCCACUAUGUUUAAUAACUAAUUUCUAAUUAAAAUUUUUUUUGUUUGUUGUCUUUGUCAUCAAGACAAUACAUCAUAUUUUACAAUUUUAAUUUCUCAACGUAAAAGUAUUCAGCUUAAAUUGCAAUUGCAGCUUAAUUUAAAGGCUUAACUAGGAUCAUUAGGUUAACUAGGCAAGUAAUGUUAGUCAGGCAAGUCACUGGACAACAGUGGUUUGUUCUGUAGUGAGUGGGGAAAAUCAUUCUUAAUGGGGCUAAUGAUAUUGACCCUACAAUUUGUUUAUAAAAAAAUUUAAAACAUUUUUUUUUCCAGGCAAACUAAAAUAAAUAUUUUUUUCUCCAGAAGUACAAAUGUCAUAGGAAAUAUUUUUUUCACAGGACGGCUGGUAAUUUUGUCUUCGACUGUAUUCAGAUUAAUUUUCCAACUAUAUAGGGUGUUUUUACACUCCUGGCUGAUAUGUUUGUUGAAACCACAAUUUCAGGAUUAUACUUUAUAAUAAGGUUUCAUUUGUUAACAUUAGUUAACUACGUCAAUGUGAGAACAGCAGUUAUUAGUCUUAAUGUUAAUUUAAAUGCCCUGUGAACUGAUAUGAACAAUAAAUAAGAAGAGAUAUAUUUUUAACUGACGUAACGAAGAUGG